AUGGACCAGGGACGGUUGACGCACGAAACCGGCAUUGCCACUGCCAUCAAGAAUUUAAGUCCCCAGACCAAAAUCAUUGGUGUGGAGUCGGAAAAGUGUCCGAGUUUCACAAAAGCACUGGAAAACGGAGCCCCAAUCUACACCCCGAACAAGGAAACGCUGGCCGAUGGGUUGGCGGUGCCACAAGUUGGGUACAAUGCAUUUGCCACGACCGUGCCCCUGCUGGACAAGAUGAUAGUGGUCAAAGAGGAGUGGAUUGCCCUGGCCAUUCUGCGCCUGGUCGAGCUGGAGAAGUGUGUCGUCGAGGGUGCCGGAGCUUCCGGAUUGGCCGCUAUCCUGGCCGGUCACAUGGACGAGUUCAAAGGCAAGAGAGUUGUGCUGUUGGUUUGCGGUGGAAACAUUGACACGACGAUUUUCGGUCGUUGCCUGGAACGAGGCCUGGCCGCGGAAGGGCGCCUCCAGAGAUUCACAGUCCGUGUCAGCGAUGGUCCCGGCGGGGUGUCAAAGUUGUGCAACCUGCUGGCUGGGCUUGGUGUUUCCAUUAAAGAUAUAAUGCACGAUCGAGCUUUCAUUCGGGACGUACACAGCGUUGAGGUCAAAGUUAUCUGCGAAACACGUGACUGGCACCACACGAAGGAAAUGAGGAACCUGCUGCAGGAAACGUACGAAAAUGUGUGCUUUUUUAUAUGUAAAGUAAAUCUUUCCCAGUUCCUGAGGGGAACACCCUUAAAGAGUAUCGGGGCCGGCAUUUACAAAGCGGAUUCAGUGGCAGUUUCAUUCUCAACUUAA